AUGGGUAUGGGCGAUGCAGAGUCUGCUUUGGCUCUUUUAAAUCAAAAGUUUCCAGUUGCCGAUGUAAUUGCUGGAACAAAAUGUGAAAGAGCUAUAAAGUGGGAAUUAACAAUUGGAGAUGAUCUUACACCACACUGGAAUCACUCGAUUGUUUGUGUUUCAAUCGAAAAGGUACCGUUUGCUAAGGGUAGCUGUCGUACAGCACACAAACUGAAGGAUUGGUCAAAACCAAAUUUAGAUUUGGUCGGUAAGUUCUCCACCAACAAAAAGACGACCAGAGAUUCCUAUUUUACCGAUGUGUUGAUGCAAGCGUUCUGCGCGAAAUGGGCAGAGAAAUUCAACGAGCUACGACCACCCAAACCAAUCACUUUUCUUCCAACCUAUGUAUACGAGUUAAUCGAUCAUCCACCUCCUUACCCAGUUUGUGGUGGUGAACCAUUCAUCGAAGGUGAAUACAAGAAACAUAAUAAUAACAGUGGAUAUCAAGGACAGCCUGCUGGCGCUGCCAACGCUGGCGGACAGCAGCCAAACAAGAGCUACGACAUGGCCUACUUCCAAUCGGGCAAUUCAAAUGUGCCUGCCAAUUUAGAGGACGAAGAACGUCAGCUACAGGAGCAGCUAGAGCGAAUUCGUGCACAACAAAAGGCUAAACAAGCCGCUCCAAAGAAGGAGCCAUCGAUGUCCAACCUCAAGUUGGCAGCUGGCAAACCAAUGCCACAAUCAAUUCCACCUGGAAAACCACAACCUCAACAGCAUCAACCUCAACAACAGCUUCAUCCAAACAGCAAUCAAACAACGUCAGCAUCAGCGACACCAACACAAACCUCACCGAAUGUUGCAUCUCCACAACCAGUUUCACCUUUGGCAUCACCGAAACCAGCUGCCGUUGCUGUUCCAGCUGCGAACAAACCAGCUGUAGCAGUAGCAUCUUCAGCUUCACCUGUACAACAACAACAACCAGCACAACAACCAAUACAACAACCGCCAGCAGCUCGACCAGUUUCAGCAACAUUACAACCUGUACAAUCUACACCAACAUCAGCACAAUCCACCCCUGUACAACAACCAGCACAACCACAACAACAACCAUCACCUGUACAACAACCAGCAGUAAGAGCAAGUCCACCUCCACAAGCAGCAACCACCGGCGCAGCUACCACCAAUCCAGAGAUCGUCCCCGACAAGUCAGCCUUUGAGAAGUGGGACUUGAAAUCGAUUCGCAACGUCGACACUGUACGUGGACUUCAAUCCGAGUGUAUCAUCGGUGUGGAAUCGCGUCUGUUCACCGGAUCCAAUGAUGGAUCAAUCGGUGUCUGGGACGCCGACCAACUCAAACACGUUUCCAACGUCAGAGCGCACGGCAAAUCAAUCCGUGCUAUCGGACUCACCAAGACUGGCAACAUGAUAACCGGUGGUGCCGACUCGUACCUCAAGGAAUGGGACCUAAACACAAUGACCUGUGUCAAAGAGGUCAAAGAAGCCAACGAAGGUCACGAGGGUUGGGUCAAGUCACUCUACGCACACAACAACACACUCUACUCGGGUUCGCACGACGAAACCGUCAAGGUCUGGGAUUUGAAGACAACGAAAUGCACGGCAACACUCAAGUGUAAGGAUCGUGUAGAGACCGUGUACGUCACCAACCAAGGUAUUUUCGCAGGUGCCGGUGACUAUCUCCAGGUGUUCGACACUGCAUCCCACGAAAAUCUUUCAUCGACCAACACACGUUCCACUGAUAAAUUAUCCUCCGAACCUUAG